GAAAGAGGGAGACUUUAUUAAACGGGCCCCCGCGCGCCAUUAAUCACCCAACGACGGAAAUGCGUCUGGCCGGUAAAUAAAUGAAAGCUCGGCCGUAGGGUAUAUCGGAUCGCGGGGGUGGCUCCGCUCGAGAGGAGAAGCUUUAUAAGCCUCGAUCGAACGUUCUCGCCUCCCGCGUUUCCCUCUCUUCACAUCUUUUCCAUCCCUCUCGGCAAGACCCUUUGACGAAGUUCGGUAAAGAGGGAAUACAAGAGCCGUUGCUCUCUCUCUCUCUCUCUCUCUCUUUUCGGCGGUUGAUAGGGAAAGAAAGAGGGAGAGAGAGAGAGAGAGAGAAGAGAAGAAACGAAGCCGAGGGAGAAAGAGAGGUGAGACUCGUCCUCCUGCGAGAUCACGGCGGCAUCGGCCGUUGCUCGCUCUCUUCCCUCUCGCGAUUUGGCAUGCCCGACGCAUGGGGGCCAAGGCUCUAUUUCUAGCACGGUCAGCGUGCCAGCGGAGAGAGAAGCGCAAUGGGCUCGCUAUAAGAUGCACUCUCGCGCGAGUGCGGCACGGCCAGCAUCGCGGCGGAGAAGAGUCGGUCGUCGUGCCGUCCGCCGGCUACACGCGCGGCCCACCUCGCGCGCGAGACGGCGGAUUUCCGAGACGCGAAAUGUCGCACGUGUUGCGGCUAAGUUCCCGCGGAUGAUGUCAUAAUUUCGAGCGUUUGCUCAAGAGCGGCCGCGCCACGCUGACCGAGUCUGCUGUGUUGGUUCUUGUUUCGAUUACAAUGUCGGGAGUCGCGCCCUGGCCGCUGUGGCAUUCGGCCAUUCACGUGGACAACGAACAGCUAAUCACACUCGUGCACUUGACGGACUACAACGUCUACAGGAUUCCGAACGCGAAACGGUGUUUUGGCGCUCCCUUCGCGUGGGGCGCCUGCCUGAGGCCGAACAGUAACGCCGAGGCCGAAGACACGGAGGCUGGGGAACCCGGGCUCAAGGUCAUCGCUUUCGACAGCGAAAAAUCGCGCGCGUGCUGGCUCACAGCCAUGAGGCUCGCUAAGUACGGCAAACAGCUCCGCGAGAAUUACCGAGCCUUCAAGAACAAGCAGUGCGAGCAGAACAGCAGCGGCAGCCCGAAAGAACAAUACAGCAGCUACAAUGUGUCCAACGAGUCUGUGCGAUCACGCGUGGCGAUGGACUUCACCGGUAGUGUGGGCAGGAUAGUCGAGGAUCCGAAGGAAGCCAAGGACAUAGCCGAGAACGAGGGCAUAAUCUGGCGACGGAGAUGGCGGCCGUUCUCGCGAACACCACCGGGCUGCGCCAUGGUGAGGCUGCACGGCCUCGAUGGCGGUAUACACGUUCUUCAGCCUUGGUUCCAUGGCGGCCUCAAGAGAGAGAUCGCGGCGGCUAUCAUAAGGGAUCAUGGCUCCGUCGACGGUGUGUUCCUGGUCAGAGAGAGCAAAAGCAAUCCGGGAGCUUACGUGUUGACCUACAAGUACAGCGACAAGGUCUUUCACGCGCAAAUCCAGCCGGUUUUCGAUGAGCGUCGCAAUUGCUGGCUGUACACCCUGGACAAAGGGGCGACCAAGUUCUAUGACUUGCUGCAGCUGAUCGAGUUCUACCAGCUGAACGCAGGCUCGCUGCCCACCCGGUUAACCCACUACGUACAGAACGGGGUACCGCCGCCGCUACCUAGGCCGGAGGACGGCGGCGCGUCUCCUUCGCCGCCCGAGGGCAGCCAGAGAUUCAGCGACAAGGCUGAGUGCGGCAAUCCAACGAGCAUUUGAGUAUAGGACAGUCGGCGACCCGUUGGUGUUGUCGACGACGAUCGCCUGCUCACCGCUCCCACCGCCGCCCCCGUCACCAUCACCGAAAACGUGGUGUUCGUGCACCAUGGCGCCAACAACAGCCGCCUGAGAAGCCACGGCGACGGCAACGACGACGGGGGUGACGGCAAUGGGAACGAUGGCGACGUCCGCGCGACACGAUCGGGUUGCUGGAGCCUGUGUCUCUGCAGUUACAACAAGUGGGAUUUGUAGUGCGCGAUCAGCAGCCGGACUGCCGGUGCUCGGCGGUGCUCAAGCGCGCGAAGAAGAAGAAUCAGAAGAAGAAUCAGAAGAAGGAGAAGAAGAAGAACGACGUGAAGAAGACGCGAACGAAGAAACAGAGAGAAUGAAGACGAGAACGUGGAGCUUGAGCGUCUAACCGUCGAGAUAUCCUCGGGUCGCGAUUCUUUCCAUGCGGAGCGACUUGUGACGUCACUGGGUCGGCUGACCCGUGCAACAGAACGACCAAUUUGGGCGCGAGGCACGCAAUCGGGAGUAGAACCGACGGGAGAAGAACCGCAGGAUCGCUGUUGUACGAAAUCUCCCGUUCCCCUUCACCGUUCCACAUCAUCCUUGAUUUUUCAUGUUCGUUCCGUUGUCGUCCCGCUUAAUGCGUGGAUCAGACGUCGAUGGAGAGAGCAGCAGCGCGGCCGCAUGCCCGCCGACAGCGAUCCUCACGCGGAAACGGAAACCUCUUCGAUGUUUUUAAGCGUACGUUACUGUGUUAGUCGUGUAAGGAUCGAUCCAUGGAACGAUCGUUGGUCCAUCUUGUCGUCUAGACGCACCUUCUCUCAGCUCCUUUCUUCACCCGUAAGACACACACACAUACACACACACACACACAACAUAUAUAUACGGUACCGGCGGUUUUUCAGCGACAAGUGCGUCUAGACGGUCGAAGAAAUCGUGUAAUCUGUUUUUCUUUUGUUCUUUCCAUUUUUUUCUACAUGUCCACGUCCGCGCGAACAUCGCGCGUGUGCAACAACAAUUAGAUUUACCAUAACCCCGCGACGACGUCGGUCUCGUCGCUAGGUUAUAUCGCGAUGAGAAGAAGUGAAAAAAGCGCGAUUACGCGCGCGUAUAUGAGAAUGGCUGUGUUUAGCAAAGAAAGUAGUGAACUCAGUAAGCGCUCAGUGAUUAUUGCCUGUGGCCGGCGUAUUCUCUUAGAUUUUUGCUGGUCCAAGAGAAUAUAUCAAUCGGGAAUAAUGAUCAUUAAGCGCUUAUUAAAAGUUACUUUCUCUGCUAGACAUCGGCAGUAAUUAAUGUGUGUUGUGCGUCGUAUGCGUGCGAAGUUACGAAAGUGGACGAGAGGAAGAAGUGUCGUAGAAUACGAUACAAGUUUGCGCUACGUGCGCCAGCAAUACAAGAGGAACACGAACACGAAGUUCAGUCUUUCUGCGUGUGUGUAUGUGAGAGAGAGGGAGAGAGAGAGAGAGAGAGAGAGAGAGAGAGAGAGAGAGAGAAUGAAAAACAAAUGCAAGAAAGAUCGAACGAAAGACAGAGAGAAUGAGAGAGAAAGUGAGAAAGAAAGAGAAGGUGUGUGAAUAAGAUCAGGCGCGUGGUCUCCCCCUCCCCCACCCUUUUAUAUUUUUUCAUCGUUUUCCCCUUUUUGGCGCGCGUCGCAUCUCCCAAGCAUCUCUUCCGUUCAGUUGUUUCUCCGAAGAGAAUGCGCGACAGGGUGAACCGCGCCGGCUAGCUACCACGACUUUGUUGCUCGACGACGACGACGAGCUUAAGUGACGAGGGAGAAUCGGCCAAGUCGAGGGAAAGAGAGAGAGAGGAGAGGGUUGUACGAAGCGUCCGUGUUCCGUUCAUUAGCCGUAAGCUUUGUCAGACAAGAUCGAGGUCGCUCGAGGGAAUCGAACGAUCCGAGUAACGUUCAGGUUCAUGAUUUAUUCCCGAGUCCAGGGUGUUCAAAAUUAUAAGCGAGGCAGCUUCGUCGACGGAGUAAGAGGAAGGGAAAUAGCAUAGGUUUUUUCUCAGAAGUGUCGAGAGUGCAUCGCGCCUUAUGUUAUAAAAUUUUCUAUAGCGGCUCGUGAGAACGAGCGGAAACGACGCAAACCAAUGCGACGUAACGAAGCGGAAAGCACAUACAUACAUACACUUUAACGAAUCUAGGAGACACAAUACGACUAGCGUAAGGGAUCCUCGACGCGUGCGUGUAUCGAGGACCGAGGGGCACGCUCGCGGAUUCUCUUGGUAUCACGAUGCAAGUCGUGAGAUCCGAAAGCGUGUCCCUGCGAAGACAUGAUCUCAUAUGUUACAGACGUUUCAGUUGCGCGAGGCAUUUGUUGGUUAAUACAAAUUCGGAGAUGAGGUUCGAUUAAUUACUAUAAAGCUCUAUGCUAAGAGAACGUAAGUGUUGAAAUAAGGGAGCGAGAGAAAGAGCGAGAGAGUGAGAGAAUGAGAGAAAGAGUGAGAAAGAGAUGCGUGUGUACGUGUGAAGAGGCAAGAAAUAAAGAGACGUAACGAAGACGAGGUUGGUCAAGCCGUAAAACAAAAGAGGUCUAUUUAAAUAUAAAAAAAAGUAUAUAUAUAUAUGCAUAUUCUAAAUUGUACGAUUAAUUUUAUAUUCGAGAUAUUAGUAAAAACAUGUGCGGAGAGGAGGAAAUCGGUGGUGUGAAGUUCGUGGAUGUAGCGUCAUCGGAUGUGUGAGCGUUGUCGUGCAUUCUAGAUUUAUAUGGAGGUUCUUCACAAGUAACGUUUUUUCAAGUAAUAUAAUGUGAAAGUCGUGUAAGAUAAAAGAAAACAAAAAAAAGAUGCGCGGAUCGGUGGAAGCUGGAGUGUGCAGGGUAUGGACGCGAGAAAAAAUUAUUUACGCAAUGUAUUAUUAUUCGUCGAAAGAGAGAGUACCAAAACCCCUCGUUCCUCUUCCCCAUCCCCCCCCCCUCCAUUCGUACCUACUUUUUAAUAAUAUAUUUUUUCAUCGAUUAUUUAUUUACCUUAUCGUCGAAUGUAGCGCCUGCGCGUCGUGUCUUGAAGUGGUAAACUUUCAAAUAAUUCGAAGAAGUGCAGAUCUUAACUCGGAUAUGUAACACUCAUAUACCACAGACAACCUACACAUACAUUAAACAAGCAUACAUUAUACACACGUACAUAUAUACACACACAUACAGAACACGUACACAAACACAUUGCAUUAAAUUUUAGGAUAGUAGCGCUUUAUAGAACUGAAUAUUAGGAUAACAAAUUCUUCGUGAAUGGGUAUGAAACAAUCUUUUGUAGAACGGUGGUCUCCAAACGCGGCGUUUAUCCCCGAACCCGUUUGCGUAAUACCUCCUCCACAACUCCUUCAUACCUAAACCCCCACCCCUCCACACCCCUCUAACGAAAUUCACGUUAAAAUCGAGUAACGAAAUUACCUCUCGGAAUACGCUUAUUGCGACAAAACUGUCCUUUCGGCCUUUCGUGUAAAUAUGUCUAUUUAGGCCAAAAACCUCGUCUCCAUCCUCGUCCCGUAUCCCGUCUUAACCCCCGUAGCUCGUCGACAAUUUGAAAAUCAACUUUGAUAGCGGUUAAUCAAUCUUGAUUUUUCAAGCCGGCACUGCGGUCAUUCCUUUUUCCUCGAAAAUUCUUUCCUACCAUCGAUUUUACCAUUUUUUUCUCUCUCUCUCUAUCUCUCUCUCUUUACGCCUGUCUUUAUAAUCCGAGAACCGAACGGGAAACGAGACGGACGCCGGGUCUUCGUGGCCACCACACAGCGUAAAAAGCUAUAAAUAUUAUUAUGAUGAUUAAUUAACGACAUAAAUUAUAAUGAAAUAUAUUUUGUAUUAAUGUAGUCACGAAUUAAUAAUACGGCAAACGCAGUGGUCUGUGAGACUGAAUCUAAGUAAAAAGAAAAUAUAAAACGCAAUUAGUCCUGUGCGAAUUUCAUCGACGUCUGUUAAGAACAAUAAAAUAAACAGGUAACGGAACGUUAA